CGUUGAAAGCGUAACAUAAUACUGAAGAUUCUAAGAAAUUCACUGAACAAGCGGAAUAUGUAAAAACGCAAUAAUACAGCAUAAAUGCCACUGAAGGUGAAGUCACUGUUUUUCGGAGCCUAUGGUUGCUGCGGAAUUAAUGUCACCAAAAGUGACGAGAGUCUCACGUACCAAUAUUUCGAUAAUUUAGAAUUCGAUAAUAAAUCGACGCACAGAACAAGUACACAGAAUGACAUUUUUGAAAUAUCUUCAGAUGUAGUUGAAACAGAUGAAGAUAGCGACACGACGCCUUGGAAAGAAAGUAACCUGUGUGAUAGUCACCUACGUUCUAUGCAACAAAGACGACAAUCUCACAGCAUGUCAAAUGUUCUAGAUCAUAAUGGCGAAAACACAUUUAUGACGGACUGGAGAAGUACGACGUAUCCACCUUCCAGAUAUAAAAUGAAUACCUCUCCCUGGUUUAUAUGGAUUCCUAGUUCAAAGAAGUACAGAUACAACAUGAGAAGAGGAAGAAACCAGAUAACAGAUUCGAUAGGAACCAAGAACUCAUCACGAAACCUCCCGAAGGUGACGCAACAGAGAUCUCGGACAAAAUAAUCGAAACUAACACAAAAUGUCCAUUGUGUGCUGUAAAAUAAAAUAUUUAACAAACAUUCAUAAAACACAUUGCUUCUUUUUAACAAGCAGAAAGAAACAGAUGUUUGCUUUGUAGAAAUUAUUAACAACCCUUGUGGUAAUAAUAAAAAAAAAAUAUGUAUGUAUCCAUAUGAAGGAUGUUUCAUCAUAAACUGCUUAAACUGAAAUCCUUGUUUUGAACAAGAAGGUUACAUUUUGAGAAAUUAUGAAUUAUAGUUGUGUGUACGUUCUUU